AAAACAUUAAUCUGCAAACGAUAAGACUGUUUAUUGGACUGUUAUAUUUUAAGGAAGCGCUCCAUUGUUGAGUUUAAGAAUUAAGGUUAAAGAUUAAGCAGAGUAAAGGAUGUUUGUGGUGACUUUUGGGCGGUGUUUUGGUCAAGCAGAAUUUAUAAAGGUCUAUUUCUUCAAGACAAGGUAAGAGAGAAGAGCAAACACACGACGAUGGAGUCUUACUUCAGAGGCUCCUUGUGGAUGAUCUUCAUCCUCGUAACGCUGCCUCGUCUCACCUGCAACAUGUUUUGUCUCAGCAGCUGCUUCUGCAGCCCCACCGGUGCCGUCAUGUGUGUUGGUGACAACAUCACCGAUGUACCUGAGCAUCUGCCAGUUCACACUUACCUGCUGCAGAUCAAAAACACCAACAUGAAUGUCAUAAAUGAGCAGAGUUUGGCCAACAAGAAACUCCUGCUACGUUUCAGUCUGAUCGACAGUCACCUUCAUACCAUCCAUCCCAGAGCUUUCCACGUAGCUCCUCAGUUAAAGUCCGUCCAACUGUCGUCCAAUGACCUCUUGACUCUUCCCCCUCGAGUCUUCAGUCCAUUGGCCGCUCUGCAGCAGCUGUUUUUGGAUGGAAACCAGUUGGAGAUCCUCUCUCCGGAUAUGUUUGAAGGACUGGUUGGGCUGAAGGAUCUGGAUCUGAGCAGCAACAAACUCACCAGUCCUGCUUCAGAUCUUUUCGAUGGACUCACCAGCCUCGACUUUCUGAACCUUGGUGCGAACUACAUAAAGAAGCUUCCACCCACCAUCUUUCACUCCUUGACUAAACUUCGCCGGCUCAUAAUCCACUACAACGAGCUAGAGGAGCUGGAAGUCGGGAUCUUUGAUCAACUCGUCAACCUCACAAAGCUAAGGAUCGAACACAACCAGAUUUCCAGCCUCCCGCCUCAAGUGUUCUGGUCACUGAGGAAUCUGAAGAUGCUGACGUUGUCCAACAACAGACUUCUGGUGGUUCCAGACAGGAGCUUCUACUUCAUGCCCAAACUGAGCACACUCACUCUUUUCAACAACCCACUGUUAUCUCUACCAGAUGAGCUGAUGGGCUACAUGCCUGAAAUAGCAGAGUUUUAUCUUUAUGGCACCAACCUCACCACAGUUCCUGAAAACGUGUUCGCCAACAUGUCUGGGCUGCAGAUCCUCAACUUCCACCUCAAUGACCACCUGAAGGAGCUGCCUCAGGAUCUCUUCUGCUGCCUUCACAACCUUACGAAGCUCUCGUUGAAAUCCAACAACCUCAGUCAUCUGCAUCCAGAGCUGUUCUCCAAACUCCCCACUCUGAACACUCUGGUCCUCAACGACAACAAACUGGAGAACCUUCCAGAAAACAUCUUCCAGAACCUCACAGGGGUUUUGAGCAUUGAUCUGAAGAAUAACCAACUCCAAACUCUUUCAGGGGGUACUUUCUCAACAAACACAGCUUUGAAUAAUCUUUAUCUUAGUGGGAACCCCUGGAACUGUGACUGUGAUAUUCGAGAUAUUGCGAGAUGGAUAAAACACAAUAAGCAGGUUGUUCUUGACAGUGAAGACGUGAUGUGUCACAGUCCGGUCUACCAGCUGCUGCGUACCGUUGGUUCACUACGUGACGAUGAAUUCAACUUUUGCGAUGCUACAACUGUCCAUAUUGCUGCAACUACUGGCACAAUGCCACCACUUGUCAUAGUUCCAACCCAGGAGCAAACAUUGCUUCCACCUUCCACGACAACUUCAAGCACCACCCAACAAACUACCCAGCAAAUCUUAACCACCGCUCUACUUCCAAAUACUACCGAACAAGUCUUAACCACUGCUCGACUUUCAAAAACUACUGAACACGUCUUAACCACCGCUCGACUUCCAAAAACUAACCAACAAGUUUUAACCACCGCUCUACUUCCACAAACUACCCAACAAGUCUUAACCACCACUCCAGCUCUCCAACCAACCACCUCAGAUGCCUCAACUUCCCUUAACACUGCAGCCAACGUUCAGUCCAGUGAAGCUUUUCAUGAAUUGUUGGUGAUAGUAGAAGGACCUGAUUUUGUCCACCAUAACUCUUACAAGGACUGGGUCUACGUGUGGUUUCUGCCUUCCGACACCAUUUCGAUCGGUUCCCUGAUGUUUUCUCACAUUCUUCUCGUGGCGACAGGCUUGAUGCUCAUUAUCGCCACCAUGUACGUCCUGAAACGCCUCGACGAGACCAUGGACGCACUACAGGGUGAGCAGGAACGUAGCGAGGAGUGUGUUAUUGAGGCUCAUGCACGAGACGAUAAGACGUUCUGAACCACUUUGUUUAAGAUCGAUAGAUAGACGGGUAGAUAGAUAGAUACUUUAUUAAUCCCGAGGGAAAUUUAAAUGUUCAGCAGCUUACAUACAACAUAAAAUAACAAAAAAUAACAAAAAAGACAGGUUAGUAUAUAGAACUGUUCUAAUUUUAAAAUCACGACUCAUAUCUUCUAAUGUUUCAGAAUCAUAUUUAAAAAACAAUGACAGGGUUACCCUUGAGGGAAUAAAAUUAAGCAGCUGUCCUGUCAGUGCAUUUACACAAUCUGACAAUUUUAAAAGCACAAAAAUUAAUGCGGAAAUUGAUUGAGGUGUAGCAAGUUUGGCCAGCCGAGGUUCCAGUUGUUUUUUUUUGAUAUUUUAGCAUCCAAAAAUGCCAAAAUGAGUCAAUGAAACAUAUUUUAGGCUGUUCUGGACCAUUUCUGAACCAUUUUUGACAAUUUCCAAAUAAUGUUUAACAAAUUCCAAGGGAUUUGCACAGAUAUUGAGUCAUUCUGGACAAAUUUGUUGUAAAAUUGGACAUUUUUGAGUAAUUUUAGACAAAUUCUAUGUAUUUUUUACAUUUUUUAAUCAAUUUGGACAGGUUUGAAGCUAUUUUGGACCAUUAUUGAGUAUUUUUUUGUAAAUUUUCAGUCAUUCUGAACACAUUCUGAGUGAUUUUGCGCAAGCUUUGAGUAAUUUUCAACAAAUUUGGAGUCAUUUUGGACAGUUUGAGGUUAUUGGGGACCAUUUAUUCGUAGUUUGGGGCAAUGUUUGAGUCAUUUUGAACAUUAUUUGAGUCAUUUUUAAAUCAUUUCAUACAAAAUUAGUCUUGGGACAUUUUGGGACAAGUUUGGAAUCAUUCUGGCCACAUUAGAUCCAAACCCAAUGCUGCCCAAACUUCAAUUUUUGGGCCUUAAAAUUAUUCAUAUUUCCAAGUAAAAACAUUUCACCAACUUGUAAGGCUCUAACAUCAGCAGAAUUUAAUGUGUGGUAAAUAUGGCAAGAAAAGUUUUUCAAUAUACUUUUUUAAAGUUUUUUUUUUGGCCUUUGUGGCUUUAUUUUGAUAGAUCAGUGAAGACAGACAGGAAAGUGGGGAGAAGAAUGGGGAAAGACUUGCAGAAAAGGGCUAUGAGCGCCCGCUCAACCAGUCGAGCUACACGGACGCAAGUUUUUUGAUAUUUUAACAUGCCAGAAUGAGUCCAUUAAACAUAUAUUAGACUGUUCUGGACAAUUUCUGAGCCAUUUUUUUUUUGACAAUUUCCAAGCAAUUCUGAAAAAAUUCGAAGUGAUAUUGCACAUUUUGAGUCAUUUUAGACAAAUUUGGAGUAAAUUUGGAUGUUUUUGGAGCCAUUUUAGACCAAUUCUAUGUAUUUUGGAGCAUUUUUAAGUCAGUUUGAACUGGUUUGAAGUUAUCUGUGACCAUUUAUGAAUGAUUUUGCACAAGCUUUGAGUAAUCUGAUAAAUCUGGAGUCACUUUGUACAAUUUACAUGUCAUUUUGAAUGAUCUUGAAAUCAUUUUGGACAAUUUGAAGUUAAUGGGGGCCAUGCAUGUGUGGGUGUGGGCAAUGUUUGUGUCAUUUUAGACAAUAUUUGAGGUAUUUCUAAAGAUCCAAAUCCAAAAGUCGACUAAUUUUUUUUAAAUUUUGGGCCUUAAAUAUGGAGUUCAUAUUUUUUUUAAAUGACAGUGAUUUUGGGUGUUUCUAUAAGUGGAUCUAUGUGUAUAUAUACUGUAUAUAUGGAUUAUUCAUAUUGCCAGCUAAAAAUGCAGACUUUGGUGGACAUUUCACGAACUUUAGAGGCUGUAACAUCAGUAGAAUUUGAUGUGUGGCAAGUAUGAUCAGCCAAGGUUUCUUUUUUUAUGUUUUAACCUGUCAAAAUCCCAAAAUGAGUGUAUUUAUUAUUUUUCAUUGUCAUUUUUGACAAUUAUCAAGUCAUUUUGAACACAUUUUAAGUGCUUUUGCACAAAUUUUGAUGGUAAUUAUAGACAUUUUUUAUGUUUUGCUGAAUAAUUUCUGUCUUGUCAGUGCACUCACACAAUCUAGCAUUAUUAAAAGUGCAAAAAGAAAUGUGCAAAUCUAAAAUAUGACAUGUAGUUUAAAAAAAACUUCUAUGCAACUGUAUUAAUGAAAACAAUGGGAUAGUUGAUUCUUUAGCAGACAGCUUAUCGGGCAUAUUAAGAAUUAUAAAAAUAACUGGUGUUGCACUUGAACAAACAAAAUGUUUAGAUAGUAAAUAAACUGCAGAGAUUCUCCAGCAUUUAAUAUAUAAUCCAUACUAAUCAUUUGCUUCUGAUUAGAUGUAGUUCAUGUAAAGCUGCAAGGAUUGAUCGAUUGAUUGAUCGAUUGAUUGAAAUUAAUCAACAAAUCUUUGAUGGUUGCAAAAGAAAUCUUUGAAUUUUGGAUUGUUGGUGAGAAAAAUCAGUUAGAAGACAACAUCUCUGGUCAUUUGUGAAAGGUGUUUUUUUUUUUUUUUUACUACUUUUUGUACAUUUAAUUGCUUGAUUGGGAAAUUAAUGAUAAUUUAAGUCAUCAUUUGCAGCCUUAAGUUUCAGUUUAUAAAGAAAAACAUACUAAAACUUUCUUUCUGUCAUUAUUUUUGUUAAUUUUGCAUGUUUUAUUUGACUGUGGAGUUUUUGUGAAACUAUUGUGAUUUGUUUCCCUCUAGUGGUGAAUCACUCAAACUGCAGGAAUAAACGUCACAGCUUCUGAAAUUAUUUACAGUAUAUUUUAUGAGUAAUCUGUCGAUAUAUUUACUAAUAAAUGGUAUUAUGUGCACAUGUCUUCCUUUCUUUCCCCGUGUUUGAAGGAAAUGCUUGUUUUUGCAGCCGAUUUGAGGCCUUGCAGCUGAGGAAUGUAAAUGCCACCGAGAUAAGUCAUUAUGACGUUAUCUUGCCUCUCCCAUCACCGAUUAUGAUGCAUUUUUUAAACAUCUGUUAUCAGUUUUGAGGCCAUCUGUAAACAUUUAAAGGGUAUGCUGUAAAAAUGAAUAAAUGUCUUCA